CGGAGUGAUCCAUGGGUCUCUACGAACCCCUCCAAACACAAAAGAGCUUCACCGUGCUGGACAAAGGCAUCAGACUUCAUUCUUCUGCCAAUUCAGUACUUUGUCGCACGACGAUUCUUCUGAUACUUCAAACCUUUACGUAUCUUCAUUCACAAUGGCACCUCAAGAGCUGAAAGGCAUCCUCGUUGCCCUCGUCACUCCCUUCACAGACGAUGGUACCAAGGUCCAUGAGGGGCGCCUUGAAGCCCACAUCAACCGCAUGAUCGAUGCGGGCGUACACGGUCUCGUUCCCGGCGGAACAACUGGAGAGUUCACAGCUUCGACACUCGAGGAGAGAAAACAGAUCACAGAGCUCUGCAUCAAGUAUGCAGCAGGCCGUGUACCCGUCGUUGCUGGCGCAGGUGCCCUUUCUACCAAGGAUGUCAUCGAGCUUGCCGUGCACGCGGCUAAGGCAGGUGCGGCUGCCACCAUGAUUGUGCCUCCCUUCUACGACCCAAUCAACUAUGAGCAACUCCGCGAACUGUGCAAGGAGGUCUAUGAGGAGUCUAAGAUUCCCAUCGUCUACUACAACAUCCCCUCAGCAAGCGGCUUAACACUAUCACCCACCGAGCUCGCAUCCCUGAAAGAUGUUGGCGUACACUAUUUGAAGGACACAUCCGGCAACGCGCCAGCACUUACCGAGAUGCUCUUCGAGCUCGACGACCAAAUCACCGCCUUCAACGGCUGGGACACUCUCACCUUCUACGGCCUGGCCGCCGGCGCAAAGGGCUCCGUAUGGGGCGCUACCAACGUCAUCCCCGAGCUGUCCAUCGAGCUGUGGAACGCAGUUGCCGUCGAGGGAGAUCUCAAGAAGGGCCGAGAGCUGUGGAGGAAGAUCUACCCAGUCUGCAAGUUCCUUGAGUCGUACAACUACCCGUCAGCGGUUAAGACGGGUAUGGAGCUGCGAGGGUGGGAGACUGGUGGUCUGAGGAAGCCGUUCAAGCUGCUGGGACAGAAGGAGACAGAUGAGUUUGCGCAGAUUAUUAAGGCUUCGGGGAGCCAGGUCCAGAAGGCUAAGUGGUUGUCGAACAGCGCUUAGGUGAUAAGAAAAGUUUAGAUUAAUGCAUUUGAUGAGCCAUAAGAAUAUUAUGAAAGAAACUUGAACUA